UUCAUGCGAGUUGGGGGUGUAGGCCACUCAGUCAAAGACAAUCAAAUAUGUUUGAGUUUCCAUGCGCCCUCAGUGACCAGGGAUGUAAAGCGCAGAGCAGUUACCCCUCCUCCUCCAGCUCCGAUCACUCCGGCCUCCACACUUCACGGGCUUUUAAAUCACAUUUAAUGAGAAUAAUCUUUUUUCUGUUUAAAAAGAAACUGGUCAUGCAAUGCGAUUUACUUCUGCCGGAGAGAAAAAGGAAAAACUAGAUAAGAUCUGUUGGCGAUGAUGGAUUACUCAAAGGCGCAAAUGUCAAGCUUAUCUGAGGAGGGCGGAUCAGCUGGGUGUCCACCGUCUGGUAAUGCUGGGGUGAAGCUGGAGGCAGUGAUGGAACAUCUGCAGAGACAACAAGAGGCCAAACUGGAGAUGAAUCUGCAAGAGAAACAUCUUUUUCACGCACAGCUCCUGUUUGCUCAACACGCUGCUGCAGCGAGAUCCUCUGGCUCCAGAUUAGACGCUGCAUUAUUUGGCAAAGCAGAUGGACAGACUUAUCAAGCAGCUCAACAAGCUUUGAACAGCCAUAUCAGCAGAAUAGAUCCAAAUGAGGAAGAUGAGGACACGGAUGAGGAGGAACAGGAAAUGGUGGAGCCUGAAGAGAAUGAUGAGGUGGAGGAAGACGACAAUGAUGGUGAGGAGGGGGACGACGGGCCUCAUCAACAGGCGAAGCCUCGACUCCAGCAGGUUGCAGGCUUUCCCUUCGCUCCUUAUUCCACACCUCGAUCGUCUGCUGCGAAGACAAUGUCCAAAUCUCCACUUCUGGCAAUAAAACAGGAGCAGGAGGAGAAGGAGCUGCUGUCUCCUGCAGGCCAACACGCCUUCACAUCACCCAAUGGCUUCGCUGACUGGGGCUACGACGAGCCAUUUAAACAAAGAGGAAGUGCCAUCUGGGCUGAGGAGAAUGAAGGAGGAAAAGUAAAAGGAGAACCAUCCAGGGACUUUGCCAAGCUUUAUGAACUGGAUAAUGACCCACAGCGGAAGGAGUUUCUUGAUCAACUCUUUGUCUUUAUGCAGACACGAGGAACUCCUGUAAACCGCAUCCCCAUCAUGGCGAAGCAGGUGCUGGACCUGUACAGGCUUUAUAAGCUUGUGACAGAGAAGGGAGGCCUGGUGGAGGUUAUUAACAAGAAGAUCUGGAGGGAGAUCACCAAAGGUCUCAACCUCCCCACAUCCAUCACCAGCGCAGCCUUCACCCUCCGCACCCAGUAUAUGAAGUACCUGUACCCGUUUGAGUGUGAGAAGAAGGGCCUGAGUUCUCCAGGGGAGCUGCAGGCUGCCAUCGAUAGUAAUCGCAGAGAAGGUCGACGUCCCAGUUACACCAACAGCCUGUACCGCUACUCUCCCUCCCCGAGCUCCGCUCCACACAUGCUCCACUCUUCACCCACCAUGCGAACCACCCCUACUGGACACAACAGCCUGAAUACAUCAGCUAGCCCAAAUCUAAAGAGAAACGCAGAUGAGAUGUCAACCCCUGUAAUACCCAGCCGGCUGCCCAUGGCUCUGGCCCUGGGGCAGCAACAGCAACAACAGCUGGCACAAGCUGCCACACUGGAGCAUUUCAGAGAGCGGCUGGAACGAGGAGCUGGGGCAGCUUCAGCUGGCGCUCCAGAGAAGAAAAUGCUGCAGAUUGCAGAGGAGCAGCAACGCCUCAUGCAGCAGGCCCUCCAACAAAACCUCCUGGCCUUUGCGUCUCACUUCAACCCCAUGAACCUCAAACUUAACAAUGGACAUGAGAGCAAACAGGAUUUGUCUCUGAGUAUCUCCACUAAUGGAGCAGCCAGUAUCAGUGUAUCUGUGGAGGUCAAUGGCACUGUUUACUCAGGAAUGCUGUUUGCCCAGAAGUCAACUGCACCUGUGGCGUCACAGGUCGUAACUCCGGCAGGAACAAAUGGUUUCAGUGCCAUGUCCUCCUCACACAGUCCCUCCUCUUCAUCUUCCACCUCCUCAAAGGGACCAAAUUAAGCCUCACUGGUCUUUUAAAUCUGUCUUCAGCAAAAUAAUAAUACAAAAAGCAUACUUUUGUCAAGCAAUAACUGUGUGAACUCUAACUAUACUGCUGUCUACUAGUACAUCUCUAGUUGUACUUGUUGACCUCCUUUUUGCAGUGCAGUCUUUUGUGAAAGUCAGCUGUAAUGCAUGAGGAAAGCACUGUUUUUCCAAUAUUUUGACAGUUUAAUGUACUUUAAAUGAGUUUUGUCAAAGGGCAUUUAUGUUUAACCUCAAAGGCUUUCAAACUGACCAUAAUAUAGAUUAAGAUCACACGUUGUGCCUGUUAGAAGCUUUUUUUUAAUGUUGUGGCAUCCAUCUCUAAGGCUUUACAAGGUUUGUUCAGAAGUGUCUUUAGAGCCUCUUUAGGUGUCAACUGCAUUUAUAGCUAAUUAUCAAACCGUUCUGUAGCUGCCUUUUUCCCGUAACAGUGUGGUUACAGCUAAGUGCAGCUAAUGAAGACCAAAAAGCCUUAGCUCAAUGACAUAGCCCCUGUCUAUAUCUAUUUUGCUGAAGCCAUUUUGUAUCCCCCUUAGUAAACAUUUGGUGUAACCCGAGUGAUGGCUCAUAGUUUAUUCAUUUUCAUAGCAGCUUUCGGGGAUUAUGUACAUUAUGUUUCUUAAAGAAUUAGAGAAUUAGUUUUUUGCAAGUUGGUUGAUUUUUUUUUUUUUUUUGUUUCAUUUAACUUUUUUUUUAAUUUAAUCAUUUGGCUCAGCCUCGAUUACAGAACAUUUAUUUCAUAUCCGUGUGAAUCAAAUGCAAAACAUUAGAAACAAGGUUUUGCUGGAAAUUAUAUGUAGGAUUCAACAUUUACCUCAAUUAACUUCCCAUGUUGGUAAGUUUCUCUGGAAUUUGUUCUGGACUCAGGAAUGUCCUCUGGACUCAUUAUUGUUAUAUUGUAUCUCAUAAUAUAUUGCUGUGUUGUAUUUGCAUAAACACAGAGAAUGUAUCACUAAUGACCUCAAGCUUUUGACAAGUGAACACUGAAACAGUGCUACCUCACUCUUCUAGAGAAAUAUGCAAUACUUUAUAUAGGGGGUGUUGAUUUAGCCAUCUGCUGAAAUAUAUUGUAUGUGGACAAUCAAGUAGAUCUAUCAAUCAUGCAAACAAAUGUCACUGUGAUCUCUGUUUUGGUCUUUAACGUAUUUCUUGGACAUGUGACCAUGAGGAAUAAAACAAUCUUGUGUGCUCUG